AUGGAAAAAGAAAUAGACAACCAAAUUCCUUUCUUGGAUAUAAUGGUAUAUAAAAAAGAACACGGUGAACCCGGACACAAAAUAUAUCGCAAGCCCACUCACACAAACCAAUAUCUUCAUUUUGAUUCGUACCACCACCCAAGCCAAAAAAUUGCUGUGAUUGACACUUUGGUUACAAGAGCCAUGAGAUUAUGCGAUGAAGACCACAGGGAUGAAGAAAUGAAAUUUGUAACUCACAUUCUUCAAGAAAAUCAUUAUCCCCUAGCAAAAAUCAAACAAAGAAUUGAACAUUUAAAGCAAAAGACACAAAACAAUCCAGAAGAAAGAAGAUGGAUCGCCCUCCCAUAUACUGGAAGCAUGGCAAAAAGAUUUUCAAAACUAUUAGGAAACAACUUAGAAAUCAAUAUCGGGUAUUUUACUGGAACAAAAUUAUCUACACAACUUUACAAUUUCAAAGACAAGAAAGAAAAGCCAAACAGUGGAAUUUAUAAGAUAAAAUGUAAAGCUUGUCCCCUCACAUAUAUUGGAGAAUCAGAACGAAACAUUGAAAGAAGAUUAGAAGAACAUGAAGCCCAUGUUCGUCAUGGAAGAGUAAAUUUGUCAGCCGUCGCCCUACAUAUGGCAGAAAACCCGGGUCAUGAGAUUGAUAAGGCCUCAUUCAAAUUGAUUGAACGAGAAACCCGUUUUUAUCAUCGAAAAAUUAAAGAAGCAUUGCAUAUGAAGAAAAAUCCAUCUAGCAUGAACAUCAAGGAUGGGAGGAAAAUAAACCCCAUUUGGUUACCAACUAUUCUUCCUCUAAUAAAAAAUCCAUAA